AUCGAACCCUCAUGACCACCACCAAUGUUAAGAGAACCUGUAACAACUCUCUCAUGCCUGCCAAUGAGACAAUUUGUGUUCCCAAGCCGUGUAGGAAACUUCCUGAUCUUCCCAUCUUGCCCAGGCAGCCAUAGCAUCCUUUCCGGUCCUCCAAGUCGCACUUAUAGUCUGCUCAUUACCCCAAUUGUAACCGGCAAAAAUGGCACUCUCAACCCUUUCUCUUUCCACCCGAACGACGGCUAGGGCCAUUCAAAGAAAUCUCAUAACCAAACAACCAACAGCUUCGCGCCUGUCAUUGCCCGUAUGUGGUGACGUCAUCGGACCAUUAACAGCACCCUUCGCAACCGCCUAUAUGCACACAGCUGCUUCAUCUCGAACAAAUACCUCCCCAUCCUCCUCCCGCAACACCUCACCAAGACUCCAAUUCUUCCCUCGCUACUCUCAAGUCAACAAGUUUCCCCUCGCCGCAACCAUGGCCACUAUUGCCAGCUCAAACCCUCAGCACACGAUGCAGACCUCGGGGACCGCCGACUCGGUUUGGGUCCACAAGGUCCCCUACGAUCAAUACCCCAAGUUUCACACCCUCGACCGCAAUCUCGAGACAGAUGUAGCCGUCAUCGGUGCCGGCAUCUCUGGCAUCACGACCGCCUACGAGCUCGUCCGCCGCGGCAAGAAUGUUGUCAUGCUUGAGGCACGUGAUGUGCUUUCUGGUGAGACAGGUCGCACAUCCGGCCAUCUGACCAACGACUUGGACGAUGGUUUCGUUGAGAUUGCAAAGAAGCACGGGGAGGGUGGUGCCAAGAUUGCCGCCGAGAGUCAUGCCUGGGCGAGGGACAGGAUUGGGCAGAUCGCCCAAGAGCUUGGGAUUGAGUGCGAAUACCGUCGUUUGCCUGCUUACGACAUUAGCCAGUUUCCUGUUGGACAUGAGAAGCAUGACCAGGAGAUCGAUGAGCUGAAACAGGAGACCGAAAUGCAGAAGAAGAUCGGCAUGCACACCAGGUUUGAUCCCAAUCUGAAGGUCAAAGGUUGGAGUGGCAACAUCGACCAGCGAGGUGGUAUGGUGGUUGACAAUCAGGCGACCUUUCAUCCAACCCAGUAUCUCGUUGGUGUGCUCAACUGGCUGAAGCAGCAGCCCAAUUUCCAGUGCUACACCCGCACUCGGGUCAUGUCGGUCGCGGAAAAGGGUGUCGAAGUUCUUGGCCUCGGCCACAAGAGGGUCGAGAUUCAGACGGAGAAUGGGCACACGGUGAAGGCCGAGAAUGCCGUGGAGGCGACGUGCGUGCCGCUGCAGAAGCUGUCGGUCAUUACCGAGUUGGAGUUCUACCGGAGUUACUGCAUUGCCAUCCGCGUACCCAAAGGCAGCAUCGAGGACUGCCUACUGUAUGACAAUGCUGAGGAGUACAAAUACGUACGCCUGACAGCUUGUGACGACAAGGAUGACUACUUGGUUGUUGGCGGCUGCGAUCACAAAGUUGGCCAGGAGGAGACAACACCGCGGUAUGCUGAGCUGGAGCAGUGGACUCGUGAGCGGUUUCCUCAGGCUGGCAAGAUCGAUUACCAGUGGAGCGGGCAGAUCUUUGAGCCAGUCGACUUCUUGGGAUUCAUCGGCAAGAAUCAAGGCUGUGAUAAGAUUUACAUCGUGACGGGAGACUCUGGCGAUGGACUAACACACGGGACGCUUGCUGGGAAGCUCAUUGCGGACGAGAUCGAGGGCAACACAGUCACCAACGAUUGGGCCACGCUGUAUGCGCCGAACCGGCUCGCGAGUAUCCUCAAGAGCUUGCCGAGCUUGAUCUCGCACGACUUGCAGAUCAAUGCCCAGUACAAGCGCUUUCUGCAGAGCGACAUCACCGAUAUUGAGGAUCUCGCGCCUGGCUGCGGCGGUGUGUUGAAUCCGAAAACCAAGAAGCCCAUGGCUGUCUACAAGGACGAGAACGGUCAGGUGCAUACGUACAGUGCUCUCUGCCCUCACCUCAAGGGUGUUGUUUGCUGGAACUCUGCUGAGAAGAGCUUUGACUGCCCGGUGCAUGGCAGUCGCUUCUCCAAGGAGGGCAUCUGUGUGACUGGACCUGCGAAGGCGAACCUGUCGCCGAUGGACAAGGGUGGUGAGGUUGACCAGGGCAUUGCUGUCGGGGCGGAAUAAACCAUUGAGCCAGGCUCGACAUGACGUGGCAUCAAAAUUUGGCGUUCAGCCGUCUGGCGGAUUUGUAAUAUACCUACCUAGGAUAAGAGGAAGGGGAAGGAGUAAUCAAGAUUAUCAGAUUUUGCAAGGUCCCCGUUCUGUGGGCCUACUGCAAAUCAAAAUACCUGCC